UUUCAGGGCUUGCUUUAGUAUCAACGAUCGUUCGAGAACGUACGGUCGGUUCUCUCUGAACUCACACCAGUCUUGUCUCGAUUACGUUAACGUCAAGUCGCACUCGAUUCGACGAAUCGAGAACUUGAUUUUUGGAAAGUUGAAAGAGACCAGGAGUUGAUCUUCGAGGUUGAUCUUAUUUGAUUUAUUUCUGCGAGAAAAAUACAGAAGAAGAUAUUUUUUAUGAGCUUUGCGAUGUCUUUCAGCAGAUAUACGACUCAUCGUCGAAAGUGUAUUUUGUUAACUAGACAACUUACGGAUAGCGCAACUGGUAAAGAUGCCAGUGGAAAUGUAACAAAUAUCACGAAUAAACUUUUAUCCUCCAUAAACGAUAUAAAAAAAGUCAAAAUGUCAAUGCCGAAUCAGUGGAAGCUCUUGUCACAAUUAAAGGAUUAUUUGAAUAAAAACUAUGAUAAAAAUCAAAUUAAUCUCUCCAAGGAUUGGUUGGAUACCUUGCAGAAAUUAACUUACUCACAGCUCGAAACAAUACGAAAAUUAUCAUCAGACUCUAUUAAAACUAUUAAAACUGAUGCAAGCAAGACCUCAGAUACAAAACAUAAGACCUCAGAUACAAAACAUAAGACCUCAGAUAUAAAAGAUAAAGAAAACAAUGAUUCAGAGAAUAUAAAAUUAACAUUCAUGUCUGAUCAAACAGAAUCUCUUGUAAAUAAUUCUACAAAGAUACAACCAAAAACGCAGCAGCAAACUUGUGAACAAAGCAUGCCUGAUAAUAAAAUAGAAUCAAAAGAAACCUUUACGGUGCCACAAAUUCUCUCUACAUUGUUUUUGAAGUUAUCCCCCAAAAGUACACAAAUAAAAACUACCAAACUAACUAUACCAAAGUGGAAAGUUCAUAGCACUAUUCCAAAGCAUAGUAUUGUCUCUCGCACGCGUCACGUCUUGAACAGUAUCGUAUCAGCCGAGUCAAAUGCUUCAAAGUGGCGCAGAAUCGAGGAUUUAUUGAUGCACAUCGAUCAGUAUCCGGAGGCGAGACAUUACGCUAUCAAAGAGGGUGCUAUUAAGAUUUUACUGCGAAUUCGUCAGAAGACGAAGGAUGAACAAAUUCAUGCAUCUAUUAGAGAGGCGUUGGCUGUAAUGGGUUAUAUUGAUCCUCCACCUGGUCGAGGCAUCAGAAUCUUGUCGAUCGACGGCGGUGGGAUUCGCGGAGUACUGGUUAUAGAGAUGUUGAAGAAAUUGGAAGAGCUCACAGGAAAAAAGACAUAUGAAAUGUUUGAUUACAUAUGUGGCGUCAGUACAGGCGCCAUUCUUACUUCUGUUUUGGUAUUACCAAAGGAUGCUUUGGAAGCGGGACACAAGAGAAAAUCAUUGGACGAAGUUUCGGGAUUAUACAAAGAGCUGAGCACCAGAGUGUUCACACAGAGUGCUAUAAAAGGCACAAGCAGUUUAGUUUGGAGUCAUGCUUAUUAUGACACUGCACUAUGGGAACAAUUAUUAGAGGAGCAUAUUGGCGAUAAAAUUCUUAUUAAAACCACGCGAGAUCCAAAAGCACCAAAGUUUUCAGCAAUAUCCGCCGUGGUGAAUCGCGGGAACGUCAUGGCUUAUGUAUUUAGAAAUUACACGUUACCGCACGGAGUGGAAAGUCAGUACAUGGGAUCUCAUAAAUAUAAGUUAUGGGAAGCCGUAAGAGCGUCAGCUGCUGCACCGAGUUACUUCGAGGAAUUUAAAUACGGCGAACAUCUUCAUCAGGAUGGCGGCAUUCUAGUGAAUAAUCCAUGCGCCGUGGCGAUUCACGAAGCCAAACAGCUAUGGCCAAAUAAUCCAAUUCAGUGUGUUAUAUCAUUCGGGACCGGUCGAAUCCCACAUCAUAUUCAUGAGAAUGAAUCUAUGGUGGUCGAGCUUUCGAGCUGGAGAGAAAAAUUCUACAAAAUUUUGGACAGCGCCACUGAUACAGAAGCUGUGCAUACGAUGCUGAAUGACCUAUUACCUGAUCAUAUCUACUUUAGAUUUAAUCCCUACUUGACGGAAAUGCUAUCAAUGGUGGAAAUUCGACCUGAAAAGAUCAGUCAAAUGGAACAGGAUGCAAGAAUGUACAUUCGUCGAAACGAAGAGAAAUUCCAAAAGGCUGCUACCGCUUUGCUGGAAAAACGACGAAUCCAGCAGAAAAUUGUUGAUUACAUUACACUACAAAAACAAUUAUUGGCUCCAUGAAAAGGAACAUAUUUCAUAUAUUGAUGUGCAUUUCACAAUACAAUCUGCAAAUAUCAUGGA